GGAUCCUGUUUCCCGUUAGCCCGUCAAGCUUCAAUAUCCAGCCCUGACAUUGCGAAGAUGGAGGCUGUUAUGGUCUAGACCAGGAAACAUAGAAAGCACCAACUGCAGGUUUCAGGAAUCUGUUAUGACAACAUAUCCAGCUGGUUCAGGUAAACAUGAAAUCUCUUUGUUAAACGUUCAAGUCUUUGUAAAGUUAUGAAGCUAACACUGAUGACAGCGAGAGGAGCUAAUGUCAACGGAUGGGCUCGCGCUAAGUAUGUUAGCUAAGCUAGCUAAAAGCGUCCGAUCAACUACAGCGUAAUAUGAAAUGGGUCAGCCCAAAGAACCGCUGGGUUUUAUUAGUACACUGGAUUGUCUAACCCAGAGACCCAGUCUUGCAUCAGAAAGCCAACCAGAACCUUACUUUGGCUCAUGUCUUCAGUAUGACGAGAUAUGUGUUUUGAUGUCAGAGCUACACAGUGCUAGCAUGCUAGUCAUCUCCGAACCGUUUCCUGGUUCCUCGGUCUGAUCAGGAUCAGAGGUUCAGACGGCUGUUGUGGUCAAGUCUCUGACUUUCUUUUUAGGUUAGAUCAUAGAAACACCUGCUUUCCUUUAAAAUGUUGUCUAUUUAUCCGGCCGACAUACUUUCUUGUUUUGUCUGAAACAGGAGGACGUCACAUGUUAAAAUAAUCUGGGUAGUUAUAGGUCCAAAUUCAAACUAAUGACCUGACAAAAUGUGGACUCCACUGAGCCCCUGAAGGUGUGCUGGGUCAUCUUGCAACAGGAUGUUUACAGUUAUUCCUUCAAGUCAGCAGGUUGCAAGGUGGGUCCUCCCAGGUUCAGACUUGGGCGUCCAGCAGAUCUAACAGAUGCCUGGUUAAAUGGAGAUCCUGGGCAAGUGUAGAACAAGUCAACACCACUUUCUUCCAUUGCUCCAUGGUCCAGAUCUUAUGCUCACAUAUCUGUUAUAUGUACUUUAUGUGUUGGACAGAGGUAGGGCUGGGCGAUAUGGGAAAAAGUUUAUCACGAUAUAUUCUUUUCAUAUCAGUCGUUAUUGAUAUACAUCACAAUAUAAAAAAAUAAAUUUAACAGUGAUUAUUGAUAGCAUGUCUUUUGUCAUACAAUAGGCUACUGCAUCCGUGAGGUCUUUGUGCGUCUUCGACGUUUUGUCGUAAGACAUUGUGCUAAAGAAAACGGACUGAAUGGUCGGCUGUUUUGGCUGCACAGGAGCCAUGGGCUCUUUGCUCCACUUGGGGUUUGCAACCUUUUGCAUUGCGAGUGUGUGCACUGCUUCGGGUCGGGAAAAGGAUUUAAGGUUUUCCCCAAUUUUGUGAGAACAUGUACUCGACAUAGCAGUUGUUUGCUACUUGGUUCUAACUCAGUUCAUGAUUGGUUCAGUGCAAAGCAGACCCGGAGCAACUCCCCUUUCCAUUGGCUAUUCGUAUAGUCUACCAAAACAUGGCAGAAUGCCGACUAUCAUAAAGCAUAUUGACCACGCUUUAUAUUGAUAUUAAGAGAAAUUCAUUUUCGAUUUAUAUCAUUAUCAUUUUAUCGCCCAGCCCUAGACAGAGGUCACUAUGGGCACCUGGAUUGGUCUGCAGUUGUAAAGCCCCAUACACCACAAACUGUGAUGCACUGAGUAUAAAGUAAUGAGUACUCUGGCACAUUUUCUAUCAGAACUAGCAUCACAUUUACUAGCAGCUUGAGCCCCAGUUGCUCUUCUGAUAUCCUUUGACUGUUUUCCCUGCUUCCAACGUGUUCACUUUGAAGACAAAAUGAUCACCAUAGCCACUGGCAGGAAGCUUUGUUACAAGAAAAAUGUAUUUAUGUUGUUGGUCAUAAUAUUAUAGCUGAUCAGAGUGUGUGCUAGAUAAUUAGCAAGUAGCCUGUUCAUACUUCCCCCAAAUUGCCAUAUUAAGUUCUUCCCUAUUUUUUUGUCUGCAGGUGGAGGCAGGAGGUGUGAGUAGACUGCAGUGAACAUCAGCAGCAUGUACUCCGAGUGGCGCUCCCUGCAGCUGGUGGUGCAGAGUGACCAGGGCCACCUCAGUGUUCUGCACACCUAUCCCACCAGUGUGGGUACUGAGGUAGCAAAUGCUGUGGUCAAGCCUCUGGGCACAGCUGUGAGCCCUGUCGCCACAGAAAACAUCCUCAAGACAGACAAAGAGGUGAGAGAGAUCCCCAUACUGUUAGUAUUGAUGUACUAUGUAUUGGUUGAUUUGUUCUUAUGUCAUAGUAUGUCAUACUUUGAGCUCUGUCACCAAAACUUAAGUGGCUGUCAGCUACAGAACUUUUUUAAUGUAAAGUGAGAGGCAUCAGCCUCACCAAAUUGUUGUGAGAUAAACUUAAAAUGAUAGUUGUUACAAAAGCCAGGGGCAUAUCAAACUGCUAGUUUAUUCAGCAUGUCAGUGAAUGAAGAAAAAAGGUGUAAUGUGCUCAAAAUAGAUGGGAUAUACAAAAAGUUCUCCGUUUGAACUUGGCUGAAGUUCAGAAACUGUGCCUUUAAGAGGAGAGGUGAAAUGGUGUUUACCAUGACCUGGAUGACUGAGAAUCUUCACAGACAGAUAUACAACUACGGCUCCGCUCAGUGACAAAUCGUCAUCUGAGCCCUGUAACUGAAGUUUAGCUGCUUAUAUCAGGAGUUUAAAUCAUUUGCAACUUGUUAUUUUAUGAGUAAACAUUGCUACUGUGAUGAAGUUUGAUUCACUUUUACUCUGAAAAUCUUCGUUUGACAUGAAAAGCUGCAUUUUGAGCAGUAAUCUGCUGAAUAUAGACAGAGUUACAAAUAGCUGCACUCCUGGGAGAUAAAUAUUGCUGUUUGUUUCUCAAACUUUACUCAAGUGGAUGACAUCUACUCUUUUUUUUUUUUUUUAGCUUAACUUCGCAAAUAACGACAUCAAUUUCACAUUUGUGUAAAGAUAUUUAAUUUUAAAUAAUUUUUCAGGAUUAUCAUUUAGUAACUCAGAAGACUAGUGCUAUCAUGCUUUACAGGUUUGCACAACUUUAGUCAAGCAUUUCUCUAUGCUUUCUGUUUUUUUAUCAGCAUUUAAAUGAGACUGCUUACAUUUGAAACCUAAGCCCCAUUUUUUCGUGCAAAUUUUGGAACAUAAAAUCUGUAAUAAUGGAAACAAAACUCUGGGAAUUUCCCCAACCUAGUGAGGCUGUCACAUGUUUAUUUGUCAGGAGUGUCUCAGUCUAUCUCUGGUGUUUAUGAGGACGUCACAGUUCGAGUGCUGCAGUGAUAGCUAUCAGUGCAGGAGCUUAAGACCAGACAAAAAUCAGGUGUUUCGUUUUGGUUAUACAUGCCUCCUUUCAGUGCCUCUGCAGUGCUGAUGAAGUGAGUGCUGUCUGGAUGAACGCUCAUAUGCAUGCUGCAUGUUUUGGUUUUGGUAUCACAAAUUAUGAUACAACUAAUGAUAUUCUGAGCACAAUGUUAUUAAUGGUUUUAGUUGUUGAAUAUUUAUUUCUCAAAUCUAAACAUACAAAUACUGUUGAGCUAACAGAAUUUAAACUCUGAUAAUAAAAGCAGACAUGGGGCAUGGGUAAAUUUUACAACAUGAAUAAUAUUUGCUUGUUAAUGUAGAGUGUGAGCACUUUUACUCAGAGCUUUCCAUGUAUGAUCUGGUCACACAGGAAGCAUACUGACACCAGAUGUAAAUGACCCCUGAGACUCUGUAGGUGCGCUCUACUGUGGUUUUAUUUUUGGCAUUGAUGACCUUUAGCUGUCUCUGUCUUUUACAAGUCUUCUCUCACAGGCGAUCAUCAUACUUUGCUCAGGUGUUGUUGAUACAAAUUAGUCAUAUUGCCACAUAACUGCAUAUUUUGCACAACGCUUCUUUCUGUUCAACGCUGUGGUAACUGAAUCCAGAAUAUUCCCUUAAAGCAGACAUUGUGAUUUUUCUCACCAUGCUUGUGCUGGUCAUGCUCAUACUUGUCGCCAUCCAUGUUAGCCACUCUGUGUGCUGGAGAGUCCUAUGAGUGAUCACACAUGCUUCACGCACAGACAGACAAACUGUCAGAACAGCUAAUGGGGCAAAAAGACUCCAAAUAAUCAGUAGAGACGAGAGAGGCUUUAACAUUUUUAGACACACUCACGCGCGCGCACGCGCACACACACACACACACACACACACACACACACACACACACACACACACACACACACACACACACACACACACAAAUAAAUACAUAUUAAAGCUGUUUCAAAUGCAAAUCACAGCCCUUUGUGCGAUGAUAAACUUGCACAUUCUUGCAUCCCAUUUGAGACUGUAAUUAGACUAAUCAUGCAGUGCUAAUGUAUAUACUGUACUCUGCAUAUAGUGCAUGGUUUUUGAAGAAAAAAGAUUGUUCAUGGCUUUUUCUGUGUCUUAAAGCUUUUGAUAAACAUACCAUAUUAAGACAAAUAGCCAGAAUUAGAGCCACAAUCAAACAAAGAAUUCUUGGUCGACUAAAACCUUAAUUUUUGACCAAAAAUUGACUAAUGGGGGAGCUGCGGCGGGGGGACAACUCCGCUUGGCUGGGUGAAAAUAUACUGAUAUCAACACAAGAAGGCAAUUAAACACUAAUACUACAUUCAGCAAACCACCAGACGUUGAUUAACGUGGACGCUCUUCAAUCUUCCUGACUCCUGCUGGUCUCUAGUGAGUGUGGCGAAUCCAAAAUGGUGAAAACAAGGGGGGGUGUUCUGAGACAGGCUGUUACCUGUGAAAUGCGGGUGCUCUAAAAACACCCCCAUUAGCACUUGGUAGGUUCCUCCUGGUGAAAUGAACCGUAGACUGUAAAUUGACGCAGAAAAAAAUCGAGUCGACCACUCAGAAUUUUGGUCAACUCAGCACGUAUCAACCAAUAAGUCGACCAGUCGACUAGGACUUUACAGCCCUAGUCAGAAUACUUAAUUCACCCUUUUAAAGGAAUUGUUUUUACACUUAUGUAUAUUUUUAGUGUGUCACUAACUCUUUCUCAGGCUUUCUUUGAUUGAUUGCUGAAUCAGCUAUGAAAAAAACGAUCAGGUUGUUUUGUUUGCAUGUUCUGUAUCCCCUAACAAGCACCACUGAGAGCAAAUGAACCGCAGAGCUCACAGAAGUCAUAGGUUUCAAUUAAUGCAAUGUGAGAGGAUGUGCUGCUGGGUUAAAAAUACUCCAGCAGUAUUUCUCAGGUGCACCAGGCCUCUGAAAGGCUGCUGUUGCUUUGAACUUCACUUCAUGCGGAGGAUAAAGCUUGGGUAAACAUUCCUGUCAGUGCUGAUGUACACUGACUCCUUCCCCUUUACAAAUAUUACACCAAACAUCAUAAGAAGCUUUACAUGAGCAGGAAGCAGAAAGCUGUCCAGGAAGAGCUGUUACACAGGCAGCCUUUUAAUGUGAGCUGAUUGAAGUGUGCUGCUGUGUAAUGUGAGAAAGAGAAAUAAACACACUUAGAAGAUACUGAACCUGCAAAGCAAUGACUCAGGAUUAUAGGAAGAAAGAAACAUGAUUGAGUCAUCCUGCUUUUUACAAAAGGUUUACUCCCAUUACAUUUUGGACAAAGAAUCUUCUUUUUACUCAUCUCCUUCAUUUUGAAUAUUCAGUCUGUUAAAAACAUGUAGAGAGAGAAAGAGAGAUGGCUGAGAAAGGCAGUGCAUUGUUAUUGCCACCAUCAUCCCAUCAUAAACCUUUGGCCGUCCCUGUUAUGAGGUGGUAAAUCAUGUGUUUAGCUUCAUGAGGUUAUGCACUUUUUAUAGUGUGAUUGUGCACAUGGGUAUGGUAUUGAAUGAAAUCAAUGGCAGCACUUGUAGAAUAUUAGGCUGUGUUGAGAAUAUGAUUUUGAAGUCGUUUAUUUCUUGCCAUGUGCAGUGGGAUAAAUGACCUAUUGCUUCACAGAAAAGUGCCCCUCAAAAAAAAAAAAAACUCAAAACUUUAUGGCUUGAUUUCCAGGUAAAGUGGACCAUGGAGGUGCUCUGUUACGGUCUCACUCUCCCCCUAGAGGGGGACACAGUCAAGCUGUGUGUGGAUGUUUACACAGACUGGAUGAUGGCCCUGGUGUCACCCAGAGACUCAAUGCCUCAGCCUGUUGUCAAAGAGCCUAAUAUGUAUGUCCAGACCAUCCUCAAACAUCUCUACAACGUCUUUGUACCAAGGUACGUCAGAAAUAUUCACAGAUGGGUCUGAACCUCCUGCUAGUUUGUUUCUAUCAUUUGAAAUGUCUGCUGUUUUACUUGAUGUCUGUUCUUGGUAAGUUAAGCUCUAUAAAUGUCGACUGUUGUCACUUGGAUGCCUGCUGUUUUUCUCAUCAUGCCUCUGAUUUCCCUUGUUUUGAUCUCCUCAUCUCUCCCUGCAGACCUGAGCAGCACAGUCUGAACCACAUCAGGCUUUGCCAGCAGGUCCUGACUGCAGUCCAGAAAUUGGCAAGAGAGUCUGUAUCCAUGGUGAGGGAAACCUGGGAGGUGCUGCUUCUCUUCCUGCUUCGUGUUAACGACACAUUACUUGCACCACCUACAGUUGGAGGUACGCCCCUCCCUCCCUCCUUCUCUUGCUUUUUGUGCCUUCUAAUUAAGUACUAUUAACAGUUCCAAUAAUCUCCUGAUGCGUUCCCUUUUUUCAGUUGGGGUGGCUGAGAAACUGGCAGAGAAACUGAUGGCAGUGCUGUUUGAGGUGUGGCUGCUUGCAUGUGCCCGCUGCUUUCCCACGCCACCAUACUGGAAGACAGCGAGGGAGAUGCUGGCAAACUGGAGACACCACCCACCUGUUGUAGAGCAGUGGAGCAGAGUGGCCUGUGCCCUGACCUCUAGGUUAGAAAGAUAUCAACUUAAUAUCCUGUUGAACCUGCAAGUAGGGCUUUAAGAGUUUGGUUGUUCUAUAAAAGGUUGAGCCAUUUAAUCUGUUGAUCAGUUGUCUUGUCAAACCUGUUUGGUUCCAGUUUCCAAAAAGAAAAGAGAAGAAUGAAACUUCACUUCAAGCUGAUCAGUUGCAGCUUUUGUGGUAGAGAAUAUUCACUGUAUCUUGGGACGGGAUCGAAACUGGUUCUGGAUUUUUGGAUGCCCUAAAGUCAAUCAUGCUUGAGCUUAUCAAGACUGCAACAAAGUCUCAUGAAUCCCAUUAUGUAACAUUGUGUUGUUAAUCAGGGUUUACUAAACCAAGUCAUUGAUGCACAAACACACAUUGACUGUCUAACAAAGUUUCUGAAUAAAAUCAAAUUUCCAGCUGAAAGGUUCUAAACUACAUGUAGAAUUCUGGUGGUCAGUUGCUUGUAAGGAUGGUUGAAUAUACAAAUAGGUCCACAGCUUGGCUAAGUGCCAUACCUUUGCCAUUCAAACACUGCCAACAUUUAGUUGCUGCUGCAGGAAAGUUAUCCUCGUCUCCCACAAAAAGCAGCUGCAGUAAUUGCCCCCAAUCUUUGUAGCAAGAAUGAAAAGUUAGAAAUUGUCAUUUAUUGCCAAAAUACGUGUUAAAGCUACAGGGGGUUACAAGGUCAGGUCAGUAAAAUGAGUACAAGAGGAGGUAAAUAUAAUGUAAUGAUGAUGUUUUCAGAUGAUGCAAAAAACCCCUCAUCACACCUUAUUUGUCAGUGGUUUUAAAAAUAGAAAAAUACAAUUAUGAUGUAGUAUUAUAAUUGUCAUUUUAGAAUUUCUGUCUCUUUUUCAAUCCAGGCUUCUGCGUUUCACUCAUGGACCGUCUUUCCCUCCUUUCAAAGUUCCUGACGAAGAUGCCAACCUUAUUCCUCUAGAGAUGGACAAUGACUGUGUUGCACAGACGUGGUACCGCUUUCUCCACAUGCUCAGGUGCAUAAACAAUCAAUUUUCUGUAAUCUUCUUUGUAAUAAUCAGAACUGACCAGUUACCGUCAAACUAAAUGCAGUGUAGAAAACAGAGAAGUAAAGAAGAAGAAGCAAAGGUAGUCAAUCAAAUAGUUCCCUUUCUUUGUUUGUCUUUGGACUCUGUCGCAGUUACAUUUUGUUAUGGCUGCUCAAAAUCAUUAUUUUUUGUUCUGUGUCAUACCUCUAUUAUCUUUUAAUGCCAUUUCAAAAUCUAAGUUUAAAUGCCAGAACUAAGAUUUCAUUUUUGUAAGUCAUAGCAGAAUCAGCUGUUAGAUAAUUGGAGUAUCAUUUGAAAAUUCUGCAGAACUGUUCACUAUGUCUUUCUUUGUUUAUAGCAACCCAGUGGACCUGAGUAACCCCGCGAUAGUUAGCACCACUCCAAAGUUUCAGGAACAGUUCCUGAACUCCAGCGGCAUCCCUCAUGAAGUGGUGCUGCAUCCGUGUUUGAAGCAGCUACCCCAGAUCUUUUUCAGGGCCAUGAGAGGUGUCAGCUGCCUUGUGGAUGCCUUUCUAGGUAAGCGAAGUUCAGCCAGGGGGCAUUCAUGUUGCAAAUGUUGGAGCCGGCAGUGGGAUACAUUACAGAAUGAAACUUAAAAAUGUAGCACUUAGAUCAUGAAUGUUUUUUCAUGUGAGCAAGAGCACUUCAUAACAAGUCAUUCAUUUUGUGGUGUACAAAGUUCAGUUUCAAGGUAGCCGUCUCCUUUAGUAAGCUAACCAACUGCUUUCAGAAUGAUAACACAGCUGCAUUUUUAGUAAAUAGAUUUAUCUUUUUGAUUUAACAUUUUGUAGAGACAGGGAACUCCUUUAAGUCUUUAAAUGUGAUGAGGUGCUGAGCCAUUCUGUCCUUGAAUCUGAGUGUUGCAUGGAAUAGAUGCAAAUGCUGUUUCCAGCAGUUGCUAGAGGAAAGAAAAAAUGCAUAAAACACUAAUCUAAAGCGGUGGUAUCUGUGGUUAGUAUGAGAAUAACUUGAAUUUGCUAGAACAUUAAGCAAUAAUAUACAGCAGUAAUCAAAAUGAUUUAUUUCAUGAAAGUUUCUUUCCCUUUGAUUGUAAUCAGAUGCUACUCCUGAGUGAACUCAAGAGGAGAGCUGUCAGUCAGAAAAACCUGUUUUAAACAUCUGAAUAGAAACAUGUCAGUGUGUAUUUUUUUCUUUAUACUAUAGGUGUCUCUGUUGAAAAGAAAGAUGUACGGGAGAGGGUGUUCUCUUUUUCUCCAGUGCUGCUCUCUCAUGGUACAGACAUCAGCUGAUACAUUGUGAAAUGACACGGGGAUUUGAUGGAGUUUUCCAUGUUUUGGUGGUGAUAAUAAUAACAACUGGGCUUGCUCCUACAUGACAGGCAUUCAGACUAAGCAACAAGAUCAGAAACCAGUGGUAUCAUGCAAGCAAAAACCAUCAAUCCACGUGGAUGGAUAUCAAUUAUUGCUGAUUUGUGUCUAACCAUGUCUUGCAUGUCUACGAAUGAAAAUUGAUCAUGAUCGACUUACAGACUUGAAGCCACUUUGUUUCAUUCUUUCUCUUUAUAACAAUGAAAAUGGGAAAUUGGCUUCAAAUGAUUCUACUUACCCGUGCAAGGAUCUGUCCACUGGAAAAGUUUGGGGAUACAAAUGAUUCUGUUUGCUGAGGCUGAUCAGAAAUCUCAUUUUUCACUUGAGUUGAUUGGAGAAAUAAAAACUCACUAAAAAUCUUUUCCACAGGUAUAUCACGCCCCAGAGCUGACAGUGCUCCGCCCACUCCAGUCAACAGAAUGAGCAUGUCCCCGCCUCCCUCCAUCACCAACACCACACCCCCUCACAGCCGCAAGCAGCGACAUACGGUGGUCACCAAAACCACAAGCAAGAGUUCAACUGUGAGUGAAGCAUUAACAUUUAAUCUAAAGCAGGAGUUACUGCAGGCUCGGCAAACAGGAAUCACAGCAAAGUAGUAGAAGAAAAGAAACUCCCAGCAUGUAUCAGAGCUACUGCUAUUCAUUUUGUUUUGUGAAGUGAUCUUGAGAAGAAGAGUUUAUAAUUUUAUUAAUUUAAAAAACCAUUCACUUAUAAUCCUCAAAAAAUAGUGUUCGAUUUCAUUGUUGGCAACACUUUCACACUGUUGCUGUUGUCACUACCACUCAUAGUUUAGGUUACUUUGUGGGAUCAGGAACUCAGCAUCGCGCUCACCAGCUCUGCUGCCAUUGCAGGGGUUGCAGAGCAGGGCCCAGUACCAAACAUUCAUGGUUUUUUACCAACAGCAUCACCCCUGGAGAUGUCACCAACCAAUUUAGCUUGCUAAUGAAUAUGGAAGUUUUUGCCCUAAUGUCAACAAGCAGAAGUAGAUUGUGCCGAACCUCCUUCCUGCAGAUUGAAUUUAUAUGGCACAUAUUAACUUAAUUGUCCCUGCUCGGUGAUGAGUAAAAAAGCGGGUUAGUAAAGACAGAAUUAAACCCCACGUGGAAUCAGUGUGUCUCUGAUGCUCUUUGGCAAACACAGCAUUCCUGCAGGGGCUGCCAGUUGAGCUGCUGUAAACAUUAGCUUACCUGUUUGCACAGGUGUUUGUUAGGUUAGAUUUCUCCCGGUGCUUAUUGCUAUUAAACCCUUGUACUAAGUAUACAGCAAAUUGAGGUCAAAAGUUGGUGUCUCACAAGUUCUUUAGUGGAUUCAAGAUGUGUAAUAAGGGGGCUGCCAGCUGAUCUGCCACUGAUAAAUUGAUAUUGUUUUUCAAUUUUUUUGACUUCUUUUUUUGAGUUGGAGUUAACUGUGCUCCCUCAGCUCUGUCACCGCUCUUCAUACCGAGAGUUGGUGCUUAUCAAAGGUGUAUGCAAAAAAAUCUGCUGACUCAUGCUGUUGUUUCUGUUUCAGCUGUGUUUUAGGCUAUUCAAAAAAUACUGCAGUUUGUGUAGAAGUUGUUCAAUUAUUCAGCGACAAAAUCAAUUGGUUCAAGUAAUGUUGUUAAAAAAACCUCAAACGUUAUGAUUUUUUUGGCUCUCUGUGUUUCUACUGUCGGGUUUGAGGAUAACUGUGUGUUUUCAACAUCCCAGUCAGAUGUCACCCUCUCUUCCCCUCCACCCUGCAGGGCAGCGGGAGUCAACCAACCAAAGCAUCCCAGCAGCAACAGCAGCAAACUUCGUCCUCCCCGACCUUACUCUCUAGCCCCAAUCAGAGCAGCUGGGAGUCCAGACCCCUCCCGGCCCCAGCACGGCCAAAGGUCAACAGCAUCCUCAACCUGUUUGGCCAGUGGCUUUUUGAUGCUGCUCUGGUCCACUGUAAGCUCCACAGCGGCCUCAGCAGAGACCCCAGCAUGACGGGUAAGCAGGGGGAUGACAGCUUGUAGUGUUUCCAUUAAUGCAUGGGCAGGUGGGUGUUUUGUUUUUGUUCAAUGGACAGUGUUUUUUUUGUGGAGUUAUCUGUGUUUUUUGUGCCAAUUUUUAUUUUAUUUUUUUUAAACUGUGCGUCUUUCGGAUAUCCUUUUUCUUUUUCACCAUUCUCUCUGAAUCUUCUUUGUCCUGUUCGUUUUUGUGUGGAGGGCUUGGUUAGAAGUGGCCUGGUAUGAGAUUUCCAUCUGAUUCUGAUUCAUUUACAUCUACCAACUAUUGAAGCCUGGCUAAAACUCCAUAUACACUUUGAUCAUUUGCCAAAUAAAGACAUUGUAUGGUGAUUAGUCCAAUCAUUGCCGGAGGAGUCAUCGGAAGCACGUCGAGUUGUUGUUUUCCAAGAAAUUUGGCUCAUCAUUGGCUUUACGUUUAUUUUCCCCUUUUUGGUGAAGUGUCCUGCACGUGUCUACCAUGUCUAAUUAAUGUGAAGAAGUUGCUAAGUUCAUGUAUUGAGGAGAACAAAAAUAAAACACAAUUCAUGCCUAUAAUGAAUUGAUCCCCUAAAUAUUGGAUCUGCUUUGAUUUUGUGUCUCUCCACUAUUUCUGUUAUCUUGCAGCCUCUUUUAUCCAAAUUCUCCUUUCUUAUAAAUCUUGUAAGUAGGAUCAGCAGCUUUUCUUUCCUCACUUGAUUUGCGUUCCUUAAAAAAUCUUCCUGCUUUUUUUUAUUUUUAGUUGAGUUCAUCAUGAUCAUUUUCAUUAUCGCCAUUGUUUUUCUGUUCCACUGCUUGUAAUCUAUAUAAAAGUUUCACCAGCGUUUUCUCAGCGUUUCUCCAAAAGUGAUGGAAUGGGUUUCACCAACUGACCACUUGUCCCGACCAUAACGUUGCCAGUUUGUGACAACGCCACCCCAUUUUAAGUUCUCAUCUCUCUUCCAUCCGGUCUCACUAACCCUUUUGAUUUGGUUUCAGACCCCCUGAGUUCAGCAUUAAUGUUUUGUUUCUUGUAAUUUCCUUUUUUACUGUCAGUUCACUUGAGUUUUGAUUUAUUGGUUUGGUGCCUCAAUGCAUGAAGUGAAUGUUCUGUACCUUGAGUGACAGUCAUAUAAUUGCAACAGCAAGGGAGCUGACACAGAGGAUUUGCAGUGGAAAACAUUUUAGUCCCAGCACACCACACUUGGUCAACUUCUAUGGCAAACUCUUUGUGUCAGAGCUCCCUUUUGAAUGCUUUGAAACGAUGUGAGUGUGUGUUUGAAAUCAUGAAGUAUUCGUUCCCUCUUGUUGUGAUAGCAAUUUAAAGUUUGCUUUCUGGUGCUUUUGUUUUUGAAACGUUGACUUUUUAUCGUAGUGUGUGCGCGUGUAUGUAUGGUAGCUCAAUGUUAAUGUUUGCCUGUGUUGCAUACAUGCAUGUAUAUGAAUGAAAACAUCACAAUUCAGAGUGCUUUCAUUCUCUCCUCUUUUCCCCCCCUCUUUACAGCGAUAGCCACUCAAGUCGGUCUGGAACUGAGAAGGAAAGGUUCCCAGAUGUCCACUGACUCCAUGGUGUCCAACCCCAUGUUUGACGCCAACGAGUUCCCAGAGAGCUAUGAGGCAGGACGAGCCGAGGCCUGUGGGACUCUCUGUCGCAUCUUUUGUAGCAAGAAAACUGGAGAAGAAAUUCUUCCUGUUUACCUGUCAAGGUAGCCAAGUCAAUCCUUAGUGUAGCCAACUGUAAUCAUGCAGAGAGUGAUUUUGAAUUUGCAAAACUUCAAUUCUGUCUUUCUUUGUUUAAACAGAUUUUACAUGGUCCUGAUUCAAGGUCUCCAGAUCUCUGAUUUCAUCUGCAGACCGGUUUUGGCUUCUAUUAUCCUCAACUCUUCCUCUCUCUUCUGUACGGACCUGAAAGGCAUCAAUGUUGUUGUGCCUUACUUCAUCGCUGCCCUGGAGACUAUUGUACCAGACAGGUCCGACUGGUUGUAAAUUGUACAAUUUUUUAAUCUUUGACAUGUAUCAAAGUUUCUUUGUUUCAUAAAUACCUUUUUACGAACCAAAAGAACUCAGUGAGAUUUCUUAGGUUUUGAGAACAUUAUCUUUAGAUUAGCAAGUCUUUUUUUUUUAACUCUUUACAGGGAGUUGUCCAAAUUCAAGAUGUAUGUAAAUCCAACCGACCUGAGAAGGGCCUCCAUCAACAUCCUGCUGGCUAUGCUGCCUCUGCCGCAUCACUUUGGCAACAUCAAAUCAGAGGUAAAAUCUUCAGUAUCUGUGCAGUCUGUUAGUUUAAAUCGGUCACUGUGGUUAAAACCCUAAAAGACUAGUGAGAAGAAAACAGUGAUUUAAACUGUUCACUCUCCUGUGUCAUAACCGAAGACGGAUUGAAAAAAAGGAUUAAAAAACAAAAAGUCAUUUUUACAAGAACCUUUGAUUUAAACAAUAAUUAAAGUGUUAGAUUUUUUUGCCGGUGAGAGGCUGAAGCAAACCACUAUCCUAUGUCUAGAUAAAAGGGCCUGAAUGUAUUUGUGUUUUCUUGUAGGGGUGGCUAUUUGCAUCAAAAUUACUUUUUCAUAAAGACUUGGAACUUUCUGACUAUCAAUCAAAUAGUCACCCCCCUAUCUGUAGUCAGCUGGGUCCCUCCCUGUCUUUACUUGCGUAUGGUAUGGUAUGCUAAUUGGACAAACUUUGCUCUCAACCCUUUUUUUCCUUUCAGAACUUUUUGGCGGCACCUAAACUGUGUAUUUUUCUCUGGUUUUAAAUCUCAUUAGACCACACCUGUUUUAUUGGUACCUGUUAUUAAUGCUUGUGUAUUUAUUUGCUCGAUAAAUUGGUUAUUGUACUUACUGGACUUUCGCUCAAUAAUUCUCUGGUUACCAAAUGGAAGAAGAGAUUUGGGGCAUGGAAAUUAAUAAUAAUAAUAAUAAUAAUAAUAAUUUAACAACUUUAUUUGUAUAGCACCUUUCAUGGCAUGAGAUGCAGUUCAAAGUGCUUUACAGAUCAAGAACAAAGCACAAGUGCUUUACAGAGAAGGUAAAUGAUUAGCAAUAAAACAAUAAAAUUAACAAUAAAAACAAUAAAAUUAGCAAUAAAAAAUAAAAAUAAAAUAAGAAUAAAAAUAAGCAGAAAAUAAAUGCAGAAACAUAAAGCAACAUUAUAAUAAUAGCAAACAGUGCAGACAUGAUCAAAUAAAAGCAAGAGUGAAGAAAUAGGUCUUAAGCUGGGUUUUAAAGUUAUCAACAGAGGUUGCCUGUCUUAUGUAAACUGGGAGUUUGUUCCAUGCUGUCGGCCCAUAGAAGCAGAAUGCUGCUUCUCCAUGUUUUUUAUGCGCCAUUUUAGGUACUUCAAGCAGGUCAGCACUGGAUGACCCGAGGGAGCGGUUUGGAACAUAUCUAGGUAGACAGUCAACUAGGUAGGAGGGUGCCAGACCAUUGAGAGCUUUAUAUACAAGUGAAAGAAUUUAAAAAUCAAUCUUAAAAAAAUUGUCGUCAGUUUUCCUCCUUGUUUAAAAUGGCACUGGAACAUGUCUUCCAAACAACAUGCUGAUGAUCUUUCUCAGAAAUGGAGUAAAACACCCACAGUGUUGACAUUGUCUUUGUUAGAACAAAUCACACUAAUGCACACAGCACCCACAGUGCAUCAAUGUGGAAAAAUAGACAAAGGCAGCUGACAUGACAUGCACAUUAUUUGCUGGUGUGCAGAUGUCCUUGUUAAACCGACACAUCUGCACAUCCUUGAUGUUUUUAUUCAUCCUUGGGAAAUCCUUAUUGAAAUGUUUCCACUCUAUGAAGCAUUUUGUAAACAAUAUAUUAGGAUCUCAAUAGUGCUGGUGUUUUUUUCUGCAGGUGUUAUUAGAAGGAAAGUUCAAUGAGGAGGACGGAUGGCCUCAUGACCAGCCUGUGUCUUUCCUGUCACUGAGGCUACGUCUCGUCAACGUCCUCAUCGGAGCACUUCAGACUGAGACAGACCCCACCAACACACAGCUCAUCCUGGGUAUCUACCUCUUCAGUUUGAUUUUUUUUAUCACAUUUAUGGAGUAUUCUUGUUGACCUCAGAAAUGCCAGCGUAUGGAUAGUCUUUUUUAUUGAUUCCUCUCUUCUCUCCCUUCAGGUGCAAUGCUCAAUAUAGUUCAAGACUCAGCACUGUUGGAGUCCAUAGGUGCACAGACUGAAACAGUAAGGCCUCAGAUCUCUGCUAUCACAUGCAAAUGAACAAUGCCUGAUGCAGUGAGAUGGACUGGUCUGGAAAGGUUGCUGUGUUUUUUUUUGUGGUUGUAGGGAAGCAUAGAUGGGAGCCACAUAACUGUACGAAGUCAGAGUCACAGUCGCACCAACAGUGGCAUCAGUUUCAACAGCGGGGGCAGCACUGAGGCCACCAGCCCAGACUCUGAGCGCCCAGCCCAGGCCCUGCUGAGAGACUACGGUAAGACACAAAGCUGCUUCACAUGAACUAACAUUUCUGUGCUUGGUGAGGUAAACAGGCGGACCUAGCAUUGCAGAGCAUUGUUCGUAACAGUCUCCAGCAUUAAAGCUGCUUUUUGGUCAGUGCAAAACUUGCAACUAAGCAAUAACACGUUUUCCUUGUAGCUAACGUGGUUAAAGUGAUGUUCAGAGUGAAGAAGCGCUGGGUAAAAUGUCUCUGUAGGUGACGUUGAUGUUGUUUGCUGUGAUGCGGUGUGUCUGGCUCUAAGGCUGAAGAAGUGCUCAAGCUUGUUUUGGUCUUUUUCUUUACUGAUUGGUUGCAAAAGUGUUGACCAAUCAGAAGCACUUCAGAGAUGUUGCUGUGUCUCCAGAGGGGCUGAACACUAAUUUUUUUCUAAUUCAACAUUACAUUAAGAGAAGUAUUUUUGAUUUUAAAAAAUUACAACAACCACGCUCAUUCCCCCACAAGACUUGGUCCACUUUCGCUCAACUCAGGGUUGCCCGUGGCAAACUCUGUCAUGCAGGAAAUGGGCGUCCGCAGUUUCUAUAUAAUGGCGGAAACAUUGCAUUGUGUUGUGAAGCUCAGUGCUGGACAGGAAACACGAGACUUGAGAGCAGGCAGAAGUCUAGAAAGAGAUGUUGAUACAUAUAUUGCAGCCUGUUCUGCAUGGUUAGUAGUUUUCUGUUGAGUAUGACUUUUAAAAAUGAUACAAGUGAGAAUACUGAGAUCUAGCUCAAAUAAGUACAUAUUAGUUUAAUUGGGGUAAUAGAAAAAAAAUAAAGAAUAAUAAUCAUGGUAAUCAAUUAAAUAAAAAAACAAGAACAAAAAUUUAGAAAUUGACCAAAUAAAUAAAAAACUCACAUGCAUACAUGUACAACACAAAUCAGCAAAAUGAAACUAUAUCAUAAUGUAGCUGCUGACUCAUCAAUUGUAGAAGCCCAAAAAUCCCAGAACAAUACCCAUAUGAGCCAUAAAUCCACCACAGACAGCCGUGGUGACCUGCUGUUAGUACCUGUGAGAACUGCGUUCAGUCUGACAAAUUAAAUUUGGAUUAUUAAAUCAAAGAGUUUUCACAUGUCAAAACGUGAUCGCCCUACUCUUAGGCAGUCUAUUUAUGAUCUAUUCUUCAGUCUCUGUGUGCUUCACUGAUUCAAAACUCUUCUCUGAUGCAUGUUUUUUUUAUAGCAAACCAUAUCUACUAACUCUGCAUUGAAGUCCUUUUUUCUGUUGUCCUGUGUGUGCUGCCUGAAUCCUGCUUUGCUCUAUUCUUUGCGGUGUUUGGUAUUUUCGGGGUGUUAUAUGGUUUAGCUCUUCCAGAUACGGCGGCAGGCCUGCUGGUGCGCAGUAUCCACCUCGUCACUCAGAGACUCAACUCCCAGUGGAGGCAGGACAUGAGCAUUUCACUGGCUGCACUGGAGCUGCUGGCUGGGCUAGCCAAGGUAAACCAGUUUGCCGAGUUGUACUGUCCAGUCAUCGCUGAGAGUCACUGAAAUAUUCAAAAAACUUUGGACAAAUACGAUUGAACAAAACACUGCUUGUGAAUUUUUAAAGAAAGAAGAUUUGUGACGUUUCUGUGCCUUUUCUACGUGUUUUAUUCAGGUUAAGGUGGGAGUAGACUCUUCAGAUCGCAAACGUGCUGUCAGCUCUAUAUGUGGGUACAUCGUCUACCAAUGCAGCCGUCCAGCUCCUCUGCAAUCCCGAGACCUCCACUCCAUGAUCGUAGCUGCCUUCCAGUUUCUGUGUGUGUGGCUCACAGAACACCCUGACAUGCUGGAUGAAAAGGUAAGCUUUCAGAAUCAUAAAGAUGGAUACUUUGUUGAUAUACUCAGAUAGAUAAAAGACUAGGACUCUUUCUUUGGGAUUCUGCCUCCUCUGAUGUUUUUCUUUUUCUUCAUCAGGAUUGUUUAGUUGAGGUGUUGGAGAUUGUGGAGCUGGGAAUCUCCGGCAGCAAAUCUCGGCAGGAACAAGAAGUUCGACACAAAGGGGAGAAGGAGCACAACCCAGCAUCUAUGAGGGUAAAGGAUGCUGCCGAGGCCACUUUAUCCUGGUGAGACUUUUUCUGCUGUAGCAUUGUCUACAUUUUUCUAAAUGCUGUUAUGCUUUGAAUAGACUGAAACUACAAUGUCAACCAUAUAUACACUAAAUUAGCUAAAUGAACCAAUUACUUGGACCUUCUAAUGAACAGAGAGAUCAAGAUCAGUCACUGUCUUACCAUCUCCCUGUUGAUUUAUGAGGCACAGCUUCAAGGGAGCAGCUCAUGACAGAGUAUUCCUUAUAUAACAUUGUUAUCUACGAAUUUGAAGAUCACUUUAACAUUAUUUUUCUAACCUAGAAGGGUUGAUAGCUGAGAUUGCAGUUUAAAUCAUUUUGGUAUUUGCCAUAAAUUCCCUUUCCCUAACUGUCCUCAUUUUUUCUGCCUCCCCACAUGGCCCACUGGUGGCUGUCAGAUGUUGCACCUACUGACCCAGUUCCUGUAUAUUUAUGUUCUCCCUGGUUUUGCUGUGGUGUUUCCCAGUAUCAUGCAGGUGUUGGGGGCCUUCCCCUCCCCCAGCGGUCCUGCCUCCACCUGCAGCUUGCUGAAUGAAGACACCCUGAUCCGCUAUGCCAGACUCAGUGCCACAGGAGCUAGCAACUUCCGCUACUUUGUCCUGGACAACUCCGUCAUCCUCGCCAUGCUGGAGCAGCCUCUUGGCAACGAGCAGAGUCAGUAUCACAGAAGCAGUACCUGGGUGUAGGAAUACUGUGGAAACUUAACUCUAAUGACCUUCAAUAGUCUGUACUGCACAAUACCAUUAGAAAUUAUAGUGUACCAUUUUGAAUUGAUCAGUAAUAGAGGCAAAUAAUACAACAAUAUGGCUCUAUAGAGAUUCUACAAGAAUGGAUAAUGGACAAGACCUUUUCAGGUACCAAGCACGUGUUAAUGAAAAUCAGAAACCAGUGUUAUGUUUGUUGACAAAUAUUUCUGUCACAGUUUUUGUCAUCAAACAAGAUACUAACUAAAUAACUAAUGAAUGAGGACAAAUCUGUGAUGGAAAGUAUUGACUCUUUUGUCAGAGAUGAGAAAAAGACGUUCAGCAGAGACAAAUCUCAUCAGAGCAGUCUUAGUGUGAGGAAGGAUGGGAGGAGGUCUAAUCAGAACUAGUCUUUAUGUUUUGGUAAGGAAGUCAGAUGUACAGAUUUGAUCUCCUCCCCCUUGACGACAAAAACUCUUAGGUCACCCAGUGCCCUGUUUCUCUCAUGGAAAAUCAACAACAAAAUUUCAACACCUGGCAGAAAGAGAAGGACAGGCACAUGGACAGAUUUCACAUUUGUAAAGCAUACAGACCAUCACCGGUGAAAACACAAUAAAUUUUAAAUAAGCAUUGAUUUCAUCACUUAUCUGCAGCAAUUGUGCAGUGUGUACAAAAUCUCACUACGUCCACAGCAGAAUUUCACUGUGGAAGAGCCCAGAUUUGAUUGUCCAACCAAGAUAUCUAUAUCAUUACAAAAUGAAAAACUGAUUUACAGAGUAUACCCAAUACCCAUUCUUGAUGAACUGAAUUAAAGAGGGACAAUGUUUUGACUUAGAAUAUUGACUCAAAUCCAAUGACUUUGUGAUUAAAAGAACAUUUUCUUAUGAGUUUUUGACCAAAAUGAAACUGAAACUGUAAGAAACAUAAAAACUAAAAUGUAUCUUAAACCGAUGAAGUACUGUUUUGAGACUAGAACUAAAUUUAACAGAGCUGCUUAAAUUAACACCGUCAAAAACAAAACAUUUUUCUCUACAUGUGGUUGUUUUUUUUCUCCACAGACCCUAGUCCUUCAGUGACUGUCUUAAUCCGAGGGACGGCUGGAAGACAUGCCUGGACCAUGCAGCUCUUCCACCAGCCCAGAGGGGCCCGGGCCAAUCAGAGGGUGAGAUCACACUCUAGAGUACUGCAUCACGAUACUGAAUCACACCAUAUGACAAAUGUUAUGCAAUGACUUUGUAGAUUUUUUAAUCUGACCUAAACUUAAAGCUCUGAACCUGACAUGCUGAUAACACAACUCUGUUCCACAUGCGUUUGUUCCUCUCUUUCCACAGCAGGUGUUUGUCCCAGAGGGCCGUCCAACACCAAACAAUGACGUGGGGAUCAAGUACAACGUCAAGCAGCGUCCCUUCCCUGAAGAGGUGGAUAAGAUUCCUCUCGUCAAAGCUGAUGUCAGCAUCCCUGACCUGGACGACAUUGUCAGUAAAGAGGUGAGAGCUGAACCCUGUUAUUCCUCUGUCAUCCUCAUUAUGACCUAACUGCAAACAUAUCGAAUCACAAAUGAUUCAACAACAGACAUGAGCCAAACCAAAAGUCACUCUCUGUUCAUGUUUGUUAUUACACAAACUCAGGUGUGUUGUAUGGGCUGGCAGGAUGAUUCCAGAGCUACAAAUACACUGAUGAGUAAUAACCCGCACGUGAGUUUGCUUAGAGAUGAAAUUUCACUCCGGGUGUCUCAUGGGGAAGACAGUCGAAUCAUCUGUUUGGGCGACGAAGAAAUGAUUUUGUACAACUUCUCAAUCUGUUUCACUGCAUUAAUAAACUAACUGUAUAAAAAAAAUACACAAAAACGACCUCUCAGGUGGUGCUGGAUUUGAAAAGUGUUGGAUUAACAGAAUCUUACUUAUCGGUUUUCCUUGAAUAACUCUUCUCAUAUCAACAUUCGAUGGUGACACUCUGGGGCUCUUCACCAACACCCUCUUGAGACUGACUCUGAAAAUAGUAAUACCCGUCUCCCUUCGUUUUCUUCCAGCUGGAGCUUCAGCACGACAAGCUUCGUAUUCUGAUGACCAAGCAGAUAGAGUACGAGAACGCUUUGGAGCGCCACAGCGAUGAAAUUUGGAAGUCGAAGCAAUUCCCCGACCCACAGAUAGACUGUAAACCUCCCCCACCCGCACAGGAGUUCCAGACUGCGCGCCUCUUUCUCUCACACUUUGGUUUCCUGUCGCUGGAGGCACUGAAGGUGGGAAAACAUCAUUUAUUUAAUUUUUUUUCCAGAGCUUUGAAACAAUCCUUCAAAUUUAUAUUUUCUGCUUGUAUUCAGUAUUGAAAAAAGCCUUCCAGCUUAAAAAGGGGAUAUUUUUGCAUCAUGAUGCUACUAAGCUUUGUGAAAGGAGUGAAACAAAGUAAUAAUGUCAUUAUUUAUAAUCAUAGUAAUGUUAAUACAAUCUAUUCACAUUCAUUUGAUUUUGACAGGAGCCCAACAACAGUCGACUACCUCCUCAUCUGAUUGGUCUGGAGUCAUCAUUGCCGGGGUUUUUUGAUGACGUCAGCUACCUGGAUCUGCUUCCCUGCCGACCUUUCGACACUGUCUUUAUUUUCUAUGUCAGGGCGGGACAGAAAAGCAGCCCUGAGGUGAGCGAGAUCUUUCAACUUCUUGAUCAGCCUCUUCACAGCAGGCUUAAAAGUCUUUGAGUUAAAAUAUUGUGUUCCCUUACUUGAAAUGAUCAGAUCCUGAGGAAUGUGGAGUCAUCAUCCAGCGUCCAGCCUCAUUUCUUGGAGUUCCUGAUGUCCUUAGGCUGGCCUGUGGACGUGGGACGCCACCCAGGCUGGACGGGACACUUAGAUACCAGCUGGUCCCUGAACUCCUGCUCCGACAGUAAUGAAAUACAACAAACAGGUAAGUUAGGAGGUUAAUCACAAGGUUAGUUCUUGUAAGGGUGUCUACUUGAUGCCCACCUUGACCACUGUAAUGCAUCUGCACCUACAUCUACUUCUUGAUUGAGGGAAACAUUGACGGUUUUAUUUAUAGAAGAAGCAGCUACUCCUGAGGACACUGGAGGUUCAGUGUUCAACGGAGAGAAGAAGGUUUUGUACUACGCUGAUGCCCUGACAGAGAUCGCCUUUGUGGUCCCAUCUUUGACAGAAAACUCAGGUAGGCAUGGCUCUUUUGAAGUGAGAUGAAGACCUAUAAAGAGGGAUUUAGAGUCUGACAGAGUUUGCCAUUUUCUCCUGUUUUGUUUCCCAGAAGAGUCAUCAGUGCACAGCGACUCCACAGUGGAGGCAGACACCAACUCAGACCUCAUGCCAGGUUUACUCAAACAACCCAAUCUCACACUGGAGCUCUUCCCCAACCACUCUGAAAACCUAGAGUCAGCCAAGAAGGUAAGGUUUCCUUUUCCUGAGAUGUUUCAAUUGUUGCUUCAGUUUUCAUGUUGCACUUGAAUAAACUCUCUUUGUAUUUUGCUUCGUCUAUAGCUGAGUCCUUUGGUGAAAACGAAGAGGUCAUCAACUGGAAAAUCUUUCCCCCCUCUGGGUCCUGAGACUAAGGUGUUUGUGGUCUGGGUGGAGCGCUUUGACGACAUAGGUAAAAACUCAUUCUUUCACACUGACUCUUCACUCUUUCAUUACAGGCAGUGUCCAAACAUUACCACCCUGGUCGUUGACAUCUUCAAAUUUGGCUUUUUGUUGGUGUUCUCCUAUCAUUUGCAGAAUUCUGGCAUUUUAAACUUCCAGAAACAGACUUAAGAGAAAGCUGUGGGCUUUGUUUUCAGUCUUCAUAUCAGGUUUAAGUGCACGAGGAGAAAUGGAGAAUGAAUCAAACGGUCCCCGUCAGUCAUGUUGAUUGUCGUGCCUCUGAUUUGUCACACCCUUAUUAAGUAACUGGAUGUUCUCUGAGGAGAUAAAGCUGUAUGAAGCUGUGUCUGGUAUAUCACACACAAGGGGCUACAGUCUGGUGGUGCUAGCUCUUCUGGUGUUAGCCACACACACGCAAACCGUUGACCAUUAUUCACUCACAGACUUUGCGAUCUCUAUGUUUUAUCAAGUUAGUUAAAUCGUGCUCAAUAUUGACUGUUUUUGUGGUGAUUUAUGUUUAAUUAGAUUUUUAAUUUUCACCUCAGACCAUCACAAGUCUAAACAUGCCUAAAAUAAAACAUCUCAGUUGAGUUUUUCCUCAUUACUCUGCGUAAAUCAUAGUCCGAAGAGCAUCUCAGACCCUUUUUAAUUAGAUUUUUGGGUCUUUUCAUGCCAUUAUUGAAGAGGAAAGGAUAGUGGAUAUAGAGCAAAAAACUGGGUUUUGGAGUGGGCAGUGACAGGCAGGAAAGAGGCUGCAGGUUAGAUGUAAAUUCAAGCUUCAGUGUAGGGGGCGUGUGUUCAAACUGUUCCUGCAGCAGUGCCCCAGAAGACCUAAAACCCACAGUGUUUUGAGCUCAGGGAGUUCUCUUCCUCUUUUAUUCUGUCUAUUCAUCUGCUCUAGCGUUUCUCUUGUUAACAUUUAGCGGUUACUUUUUAAUCAGUCCUCUCUGGCCCCGAAUAUCUUCUGUAAAAAUGUGUCUAUGCAUAACACGUCAAAGAGGUGAGAGUGAAUGUCGCUGUUGUUGUGAUUUUCAGAGAACUUCCCGUUGACUGAUCUCUUGGCGGAAACCAGCACGGGGUUGGAAGCAAGCAUGAGCAACAGCACUUCCUGCAGGUAUUUAGAGGUUCAACACUUCCUGCUGAAAGUAUGUAGAGCAUGUGAUUGAAGAGUUGUUUUUUUGUGAGGUGCAAACAUGAAAAAAAAAUCUUUAUGCUGUUUUAAAAUACAGCGUGUUCUCUUACAUGCAAAAAAACAAAAAAACAAACAGCAUAAAAACAGGAAGUACAAGAUGCAGAGUAUGCAAAAGCAGGUAGGAAUUGUGGCUAAACUGUGUCAACAGGAACAGGCAUGAAGUGGUGUCUGGGGAAGCUCAUGAUUUACAGUAUAUGUACAUGCAUGUAUGUAUGUAUACCCUAUAGGGUAGUCAGACAUUUAAAGACUCUGGUUGCUCAUUAGUUGAAAGAUUAUAUGACCUUAAACUGAAACCGCUGAACACAGGCCUCUGAGAGAUUUGUUGUUUUGGUUUGCAAAUCAUCUUUCUCCCUGUUUCUCCUUGUUCCUGCUGCAGGUCAGGGUUACUAGAGAAGGACGUCCCACUAAUCUUCAUCCACCCUCUGAAGACGGGACUCUUCAGGAUCCGUCUGCAUGGAGCUGUGGGCAAAUUUGGCAUGGUGAUUCCCCUGGUGGACGGCAUGGUGGUCAGCCGCAGAGCACUUGGUAAUGAUUCACACGGCUCACUUUACCUCUUUUUUUUUUCAUCCCUCCAUAGCAAGUAUUUCUUUCUCUCUUCUUCAUCAGAAAAACAUGAGUAGCACACCUUAAUGCAUCCUGUGGUUUGUUUAGUGAAUCUGUGAGGAGCACUGACAAGCUGGGCGGCAUCAUUAUAUUUACACACUACUGCUUUGUGGUUGGCAUUAAGUUAGUAGUGCAAAGAAAAUAAAGUCCAUUCAGGAUAUGUGGUUUGUUAUACAAGCGAGGCGCGGCUGUUAUUUGAUAUCUUGGAAAACAAAGUAAACCUCAUCCUGCUUUAACAUGUGUAAUGUCACUCUUUACCACUAGAUGGCAUAGCUCGGACCUGUGAUUGUAGAUGUGGCUUUCCAAAAGAGUUUGGUACUUAAAAACUGUCUGCACUUGAGCUUGGACGCUCAGGCAGAGCAUAAUUUUGUGAAAUGAUGUAAUCUCUUUUCAUGUGUCUUUAUUUCUCUUCACUUUUUGUACUUAGUAAGUAGGCGGCGAGGCUAUUAGAAGUUUCCAGAUUUAGUUUUUAAAAAGAAAUGUUUAAGUAAUGAGCCUCCGCUCUGAUCUUGGAACCUAAAGCAGGAUCAGUCGCUCCCUCUGCUUUUUUUAAACCACCCACUCCUAGUUGGCAUGUCUGACAAGAAGAAAAAAAACCCUUAAAAGAUAACACAAAUUAACACACUGAGUGUGUAUAGCUGCACUUUUGGAGACACUAAGGUCACUGCCAGAUUCAGAAACCACGUAAACAAGUUCAACAGAACUGGAAAGUCCUUCAACUUUCUUGAUGUCACCUGUGUGGUAUUCAGCCGUGCAUACUCUGAAUAAUCUCAGACUUCCAAACUUUUAGUUACUUAGUUUGUUUACAAGCUGCAGAGCUGAUUGUAAGGAGGAAAGAGGCCAAAAGUUCAUAGCUACUGUGAUGAUGUCUUACUCAACUCAUGUUUGUGCUGACACCAGAGAGAGUCGUUUUUCAUUCACUGUGUUCAGUUUUCAUCAUUUGAUGGUUCACACCUCCCAGCAGGUUGACCUGUUGUAUAGUGGAUGUAGUGCUGUAACUGUCCAACAUAAACUUUAAGAACAAGGAGCACCAGCUUCCCUGAUCACUGCGCCACAACUCACUUUGACUGCAGCAGUAACAGCAGCUCUGACACGAAGAGGAGGGGAUGCUCUUCGGUUAGAGAGCAAGAUUCAAUCUAAGCUGUUGUGUCCUUGUCACGCGACCUUUUUUUAUGUCCGCCACCGUGGCUGCAUUGUUGUUACAGGAAGUAAAUCGCUGUCUUGUGUGCAAUAAACCCAAACACAUGAUAAAACCUGUAAUGAUGGUGUCCCAAAAUCCUUGCUGUGGCAGAAAAUGAUACCAUUGAUGGUAUCAAAACCAGCACCACCUGUAGUGCAACUUGUGUUCACAUCUCCAACUGAAUCAAGCACUUUUUAUGCAAAGUAACACGUCCAGAGAUGUCUUCAAAAACCUGAAUAAUGUUAGACUAUCAGACAUCUGAAAACACUGUUUUUAUAACACCUGUUAAAGGGUACGGUUGGUCAAAGAUUCAUCUCAUUUACACGCCCCUGUCUUUUUACUUCUGCUUUCAGGGUUUCUUGUUCGCCAAACAGUCAUCAACGUGUGCCGACGGAAGCGUCUGGAAAGUGACUUGUACAACCCGCCUCACGUGAGGCGGAAGCAGAAAAUAACAGAGAUUGUCCAGCGCUACCGCAACAAGCAACUGGAGCCCGAGUUUUACACCUCGCUCUUCCACGAGGUGGGGGAGGGGAAGCCUCACCUCUAACCCGCCUGUCCUGUCCUAACACUGGCUCACAAACGCACACGACGACAAACACAUGCGCUUAUCUUACACGUGUACACUACUUACAUCUGUUCACACACGCACAUACACACACACACAUACACACACACACACUCAUAUGCAUACAAACACAGAAUCUUUAUAUUUAUACUGUACUGUUUUGUUAUUUAUACAAAUAUCAACACUGUCUGCCUUUGACUCCGAGAGCAAAGUGUCAAAAACCAUGCCAAGGUGGAUGAAGCUACAUUUCUAUGUCGCAGCCGCUCAUCACAGGUUUGAAUGGCUGCUGCUCAACAGUGACUCUCUCUCUCUCUCUGUCUUUCUUUCUCUCUCUCUCUCUCUCUCUGCAUUUAGCUUCACGCUUCGUGGCAAAAGACUUUCUGCUUGUCAUUAACUGCAAUACAAUAGUAACACUGUUGGCCUUUCUGAAAUUGUAAAAAUGUUUGUCCUUUAAACCCUGUGAAAUGAGUCGAUUUCAUGAUGGUUUGGUAAUACAGAGCUGUGUCAUAAACUUUUAUCUGCUUAUCUGUUUUUGUUUCGGUCAAACAGAUUUUAUGUUGGAUUUUUGCCAAGGAGAUAAACAUGUAAGAAAACGUUUUCUAAUAUACAUAGCAGCUGCUGCUUCAAGAGAACAGACAUGAUUGAAAGCAUUAACCCAUCAUCUCCAUGCAGACACCUGCUAAAGUCUUCCUAGUGCAAACCAUUACAGCAUCGGACUGAGCGCACAAAUAUUUCUAUGUUUUCUUUUAUUUUUGACAUGGUUUAUAUGGCGUUAAGUUUUGACAUCAGAAUCGUCUCCGUGCCAGUCUGAAAGUCAUCCCAUCUUAUGUCGCACUUUGCGUGUAUGUCUAUAAGUCUGUGUGUACGUGUGGUUUUCUCUGCCUGUCAAAAACCUCCAUAAAUGGCAUUUAAAGAUAAAUUCUCUCACCUCGAAACAAAUAUCUCAAAGAUGAUCAGCUUGUUUGCUCUUGAGGCUUGAGUGUACUUAUAAUGAGCGUAGUUACAGAGCUCAUCAGGUUUGCACUUGCUAUUUACAGAUGUCAUGUUUGCGAACAAAAACACAGCACAGUUCAAGUGUCUUGCUCCUCCUAACAAACCCGCAGUGUUGAUUAAAAGGGCCCAAACACUCAGUGUAGCUAAUGAUGUGUCAAACUUAAAUUUUGUCUAAUCAAAGUUGUUAGAUUUGUAUUGAAAACCCCCCAAGAGUCUAUCUAACAUUAGUUAUUUUUUUUCAUUUUGGACAACAGGAUCAUCAAUUCUUGCCUUCAUAAACAUUUAAAUUUUCUCCCCCCGUCUCAUUUGUUUCACUUUGUUUACUCACUGUACUUUGGUUUUGAUUCAAGCCCUCUCACUGUCUGCCUGUAACAAUGUGAAUUUAUUUAUCACAGAGAUGGAACAGGGCAAACACCUCUCGAGUUUCUUUGUUAUAUCGCAAAGUCUUAAUGCACUGAGCACAUGUUUUUGUUUAUUUUCUAUCCCCCUUGGUUACCUUACAUGUCUUUUUGUACUUUUUGUGCAUUUUGAAAGAAAAACCCUGCUGAAGGAAGAGUUUUAUCUUGUGAAAUAUGAAUGAAGAAGAGGCGUUGUGGAGUUUUUAACCUAUCAUGUCUAACUGUGUGACUCACUUUUUACGAGAGUGCUUUAUGCACAUGCCUUUUUGGAAGGAAAAGAGAACAUUAAAUAUGCUUCAACAUACAAUCAGUCAGACAUUGUAUCCUAUGUUACUCCUCUGAUGUUUGAUCAUAUUUAAGGACUUGCCAUGUACAGAAGCAGAGGACGAUCUGUAAAUAUAUGAUAGUGUAAGGCAUUUACACGUUGUCUGUUGCAUUCCUCAUCUGAGAUGGCCAGAAAAGAUAUGUAUGUAUGCAAUUAUGUGUGUGAGGAUCACAAUGGGUAUUGAAUGUAACAUGCAUCAAUUAAACUAUUAUUGACAUUUUAAA